CCUGAAGAACCGCCGACUGAUCUUAAACUAUCAUCCGACUUCGAAAACGUUAAGCUUACGUGGACGAAUCCUGAUGAAUCAACUUGGAAAUGCGACAGUGUGGAAUACAUAAUCGAUUUUGUGAAUACCACGUCACGUGGCUUGAUGACCGUAGCAUCAGACGCACCAAACGAAUUGUUACUACCAUCAGUACCGGGCACUAAAUGGGAGAUCCGUAUGCGUACUCAAACGAUCGCAGACGGGCAGAAACCAUCUUACAGUCCCUGGAGUGAUCGUGUGACGCUGCAAACACAAGCUUUACCUGGCGAGCUCUUCUUGAAAGUGGAACCAAAAACACCCACAUCUGCGCUGGUAAUUUGGGAUCUUGCUGAUCAGGACCAGAAAUGGAAUUACGGUGUUGAUAUCAGUUAUCGGCUGAAACAGCUCGGUGGUUGCGCGGAAUCUAAAAGCGGAGAUCAUGAACCUGUCACAAGUUACAAUGUGCAGGACAAGCAGAUUGUGCUGAAUGACCUGAAACCAGGAUCCGAAUAUGAGGUUACUGUGACUCCACGACGACCGCCAACCCUGCGUUCCUCUGUUGUCACUCCAAAAACGGUUCGUCGUUUCAGGACCAAAGCUGAUUUCCCGUCUGGGCCACCAACAAAUCUGCGUGGUGAGGGACGACGUGAUACGGAGAUUUCCUUCAAAUGGGAGCCACCGGUUUGCGAGGAGCAAAACGGCAAGGUGACGCAGUACGAGUAUGAAGUAACCGGUGCUGAGGAAUGGAAUGAUGUGAAACGUGAAGGUGUUACACCACGAACCAAUGCUGCUGUGGAUCAACUGAAACCCGGGUCCAUCUAUAACGUGCGUGUACGAGCGUACACCAGCGAAGGACCAGGGCCGUGGUCUGAGCCGAUUCAAAUCACUACAACUGGUACCGAGCUUGGACCACCACGGGAACUAACAGCGGUGCACACACGCCCUAAGGCGAUCCAACUUACUUGGCUACCACCGUAUCCGGAACGAACCCCUGUAGUUGUUUACAAAGUUCGAUAUAGCCCUCGCGCUGAUGAUUCGAAUCCGGUUGAGAUGGAGCUUUCCGGUGAACAACUGAGUUGUACCGGCUACAAAAGUCCUCUGAUUACGAGCGAUAAUUUGUGCACAACGGUGAAAUCGCUGCAGCCGGAUACAACCUACCGAUUUGCAGUUCAAGCUCAAUCUGCCAGUGGAGGCUGGGGCGAAUGGUCACCAGCUUAUUUCGCUACCACUCGUUCCACCGAUGACGGACCAAUACCUGGAAAAUUACGUUUGGUGUCCGCCGGACAUGAUAAUCUUCGUGUCAACUGGACUGUGCCGCCAGUUAUCAGGAAUGCUAUUGAUCAAUUUUUGGUGAACAUCUCAAUGGCAAGCGUUAUGGAUAAGCAUCCAAAGCAAUAUGCUGUAAGAGGCGAACAAACUGAUUUUCAUUUCCGUGGCUUGGAACCAGUAACACACUAUAAUAUCACUGUUCAAGGAGUCGGUUUGCUUUCUUGGUUACCGGCACCAACGGAUUUAAAAUUGCUGGAGAAAUCGGAUCGAAUGAUGCAUGUAGCAUGGAGUCCACCGGAGAUUUUCGAUCCGGCAUACAAAGAUCUUAUCACUCAUUACAGGGUUCGAGCUAAACUAACGUAUUUUUGUAGUUAA